AGUAUUUGUUUACUGGUCCGAUUUUGAUGUUGUCGUGGAUGUGUGCAUGUGGUUGUGGUGGCUUUUUCUCCAGAAGCUACACCAGUUUCUGUUUGUCACUUCUUCGUGUUGAAGAUGACCUACCAAUCCAUCGAAAGUGUUUAGUGGAAGAAGAAACGGUUAGACAAUCGAUCUCAUCAAAGAAAAGAAUUGUCAAACCAUAUUUGGGAAGGUCAUGUUUGACGACGAUACAACCGUCCUGAUUUAUUGGUUAAACUGGAGGUUCCUCCUCUGUGCAAUAUGGAUGUUAUCAGCCAUGGUAGUAUCAGUAAUUUUAAUACGGAAAUAUGAAGGUUUCAACAAAUCAAGAAAUGGAAGAAGAGAUAAUCAGCGAGAAACCGCAGGGUCUUUGUACAAGGAUGAAGUUUGGAAGACAUCUUUGAAAACAAUCCAUCCCGCUGGGUUGCUUGCUUAUAGAAUAACUGCUUUCAGUGUACUUUUGGCAUCGAUUACUGCUAACGUUGUUCGUGAUGGAGUCAGCGUAUUUUUUUUUUACACUCAGUGGACAUUUGCAUUGGCGACAAUAUAUUUUGGGCUUGGAUCUUCAUUAUCCAUUUAUGGAUGUUGCCAAAGUUGCAGUGAAGUUGGUGAUAGGGUUGAUCAUGUGGGUGACGAUGCAGAACUAGGCAUGUACGUGGCUCCUACUUUAGGGGAAAAUGCGAAUAUGCCCACCAUAUCCAAAAGCUUGAAUACCGACAAAGAACCUCAUAUUCGUAAACCUGCAGGCAUAUUGGGCUACAUUUUUCAAAUUACUUUCCAGAUGUGUGCAGGUGCUGUGGUGCUCACUGAUUGCAUCUUUUGGUUCUUGAUCUAUCCAUUUCUCACGAAUAUGGAUAUUAAAAUGGACUUUCUGACGGCGACUAUGCAUUCAAUCAACGUUGUUUUCCUCCUCGGUGAUAUGAGUUUGAAUUGCUUGCGGUUUCCUUUCUUCCGAGUUGCGUAUUUUGUUUUAUGGACAGUUACAUACGUCAUUUUCCAAUGGAUCAUCCAUUUCUUUUUUCCAAUUUGGUGGCCAUAUUCAUUUUUUGACUUGUCAUCCCCAUAUGCUCCUUUAUGGUACUUGGCAGUUGGAUUGCUGCAUCUCCCAUGCUACGGCUUGUUCGCUCUGAUAGUAAGGAUGAAGCAACUUUGGUUUUCGAGAUCAUUCCCGGAGUCCUAUCGGAGCAGGAGGUGAGAUGGUUAAUUGGCUCAUCACCACAGACAAGUUAAAGCAUUACACCGGCGCCAACUCCACUCCCUGCUCUCAUCUCACCUACAAUAUAAUUCAGGCUUUUCUUUCCUUAAAAGUGGGGAUUCCAAAUAAUAAGCAGCAUUAUUUGUCUUGCAAACAAGACACUGCUGAUUCCUGAACCCAAAUUCAUAUAUGUAAUUAUAUAUAUAUGUAUAUAUAUAGAUCAUAAUUGAUCAAAAUUAAACUAUAUGCGGCAUAUAGUGUAGAUUGCAAAAGCUGCAAGCAUCGUUUUCUUAUUUCA